UCCGAGUCUUCCGAGACGAACCGUUCCGAAGGAACGCGUCCUCGAAAGUGCACAUUGAAAAACCCUUGCUCGCGUCGGUGAUACGCGGUCGUAAAUUCGGAGGAUAUGUUAUCGGAGGUGAAAGAAUUAUGUCGCGCGGCCGCACACGCGCGCUCGCGUCGGACAAAUUCGAGUGAUUUGUAAUGUCCGUGCUGCGAACGAAAUGGGAAUUCGGCGGAGAAAGUGCGAGGGUUGAUUUCGGGUGACCAGAAAAUUCAUCAACAAAUUGCGACCGCGGCUUCUCAGUACUGAAAGAAAAGAAGUAUCUUCCGAGGACUGUGCAAAUUCGACAAAUCGCUUUCAUCGAACUGAAAAAAAUCCUCUCGAUCGAACUCGAUCGAACUUUUCGACCGAGAGAUCGUUUGACUUUUUAAUUCGCUGUGGUGUUGAGAGUGAUCGUUUGGGGGAACACGUUGGCCAUAUUGCUGUGAGAUAUGUCGAUGUGUGUGUUGAAAGCCGCAUAAAUCCUAAUUUAUUUCCAACUCAUUAUUUCGUAUUACCAAUCUCGUGAUUUCUUCCGAACGGAACCUUGCUGCAUUAUUCACGUCUUCCAUCGUGAAGUAGCCAAUAGUAGUUGGCGUAUACGAUUGCCUGUGCGAGCGUUGAAGUCUCCGCCGGGACACGGCGCCUACUGCGGCUUGCGUUAAAAUUUAACAGUCGCUGAAUUUGUCCGCACAUCGUCGAGUACGCACGCAUUGAUUACUCUCCUGUAUCAAGACUCGCACGCUCACUGCUAACGUUACUACUUAGCAGCGUGUAAAUAUUCCCUUGAAAAGAACGAAAAUCUAGAUCCCGCUGUAACGAUCGCCGGCUGCUGUCUAUUUAUCGUCGGCUCUCGAUAAGUAAACAUCAAACGUGCCAUUAGCUUGCAAGCUUUGCAAUUCUCAUCGUUUACUUUCUCGACUGAAAUAAACGAUUCUGCUUACGACUGAUCACAGGGACUGCACGGAUGCAAAGUCACCGUCGCAAUCUGCGUCGGGAAUAUUGUUUUCUCGAAAAAACGUUAAAGUGCGACGUUAGGGUUGCCAUUUGGAACGUUAUACCGUGACAGAUGAUCUCGUCGUGAAGUGAGUCCCGUCGGGUCCAAGUAACAUUAUACCGACGAUGAUCCGCUAUACCCAGUGAUCGACGAUCUCCGUGCGCUACGUGAUACCUGCAAGAAAGUCGAUUCUGCAGUGCGACAAUUGGUUCGGAGUGCUGUAAGGUGGCAGCGAUGUGUAGCUCUGUGCUUUUUGCUCGCCAGUGGAUUUUGUGAAGGACGAACCGCCCGUCUGGCGUUUCGACACGGAUUAAGGAUUACUCUCGCAAGCGAUGCCUUCUGGAUAAGCGUAUAUGGCUGAUGCGCGACUGGAAUGGCAGAAAAGUUGCGCGAGGCGGCUGCUCGUGGCGAUGUUGCUCGAGUCACACGCUUGCUCGACGAAGACAUUAAACCAUUGCCCGACGAGAAUGGCCGGGGGCCUCUGUUGCUGGCCGCGGCAGGUGGUCACAUGGAAGUGUGCGAGACCCUGUUGCUGCGCGGCGUCGACGUCAGCACCGCGGACGACCAUGGAAACUCGGCAUUGCACGAGGCAUCGUGGCGUGGUUACAGUCGGACCGUGGCGGUUCUGGCGAAGGCCCUCGGGACCCAACGGGCCCCUCUGCAUGCUAGGAAUCUCGCCGGAUUUGCACCGCUUCACCUCGCCUGUCAAAACGGCCAUAAUCAAAGCUGUCGAGAGCUCCUCCUAGCCGGCAGCAAUCCCGAUCUUCAGAAUAACUACGGCGAUACACCAUUGCAUACUUCCGCACGUUACGGUCAUGCCGGAGUAACUCGCAUACUGAUCUCGGCUCUGUGCAGGGUGUCUGAUCAAAAUAAAAACGGCGAUACCGCGCUGCACAUAGCCGCGGCGAUGGGUCGCCGAAAGUUGACGCGAAUUCUUCUGGAGGCUGGUUGCGACCGGAAUUUGCGGAAUAAACAGAGCGAAACAGCCAAGGACAUCGCCCGUCGUAAGAAUCUCUCCGAAAUCCUGGACAUUAUCUCUAAAGCCCGUGGCAAGAGCCGAACACGUAGUAAGAGCCGCGAGGGCGACUCGGUUGAUGGAAAAUUGGACGACGGUAAAACAAAGAAGCGAGAAAAAACCGGAAGUGGUACCAGCGGCGGUGGCGGUAGCAGCUCGAAGAAAGACCGGAAGAAGCACAAGUCCAACGGCAAGCAGCAUAAGGUCCGCUUUGAGAAGGCCAUCAUGGGCCGGCAAUGGUCGCCUUACGGCUGUCACUAUUAUCCGGACCCGGAAGCGUUCCCUCAACCUCGUCUGGACUCUUUGCCGGCCGAUCCUUUAGAGCGUGGUGAGCAGUACUACUUGGACCUAGCGGGUAAUAUCAGGAAGGGUCCGGUGGGCGUAGGAUACACGUGUUAUUGUGCACCGUUCUUCCGUCACAUGGAGGCAAAGUUGGAGCGGGACAAGGCUGAAUUGAAAGCCCACAUCGAUCAGGCUCACGAGAAGUUGGACCUGAAAGUGACUAAUCUGGAGAGAAGGACCAGAGGGCAAAUCUCAGAGUUGACUAGGUGCGUACAGGAGGAACGAACCAGAUGUAACGAGAGACACUCGCAGCUCCAGCAACGUCUUCAGCGAGGUGGAAGGGGUAGAUACAGCGAGAGACCAGCGAAAACCAACUAUAACCAGCAUCAUGAAGUAGUGCUACCGACUAGAACCAGGUCACUGGAGGAUUUAUUGGACGAUCGACCGCAAGAUCGUAGCUUUGAAAUACCUGGAGAAACACCAGUUCACCGCGGUAGUCUGGACGAUCUCGAUAUACCGGCUAUACCUAGACUUAGCACGUCUAUGAAAGACCUACCUUCGGGCUCUGGGGUGACCAGAUCAGCGCUUAGGGUGUUAGAUAUUCCCCCGAGACUUAAUGAAACAUUUGAUGGAGUCGUUAGGCAGGAUAGAACCUCACCUUUAAGCAUAGUGCCAACGCAGUCACCUUCUAUGGAGGGGAGACGUCAACAGAGGGGUUGCGUAUCGUACGACUUGCACGGUAUGACCAUGUCUGCGGAUGAGAAUAAGGCUCGCAAGAUUGGCGAUAGCAAUGCAACAGAAUGGAGCGGUCGUCGCAGUGUCCACGAGAUGAUCAAGCGGUUUCAGCAAGUACCUGAUAUACAUAACGGCUGGCGAGGAAUUCGUUCCGGAAACAGCGAACCGAUCAACUUGAGCGAGUCAAAUCAGAGAAUACAUCUUCAAGGUAAUGACAGCGAGAGUAGCGAAGGUGAAGACGACGAUGUUGAACAACCCGAAGCUUAUAAGGGAGCUAAUUGUAGGAAAACUAAUAUUUCUGAAGACGUGCACUACGACAGCAUCGCGAGAAUGCCUUACAGAUCACGCAAUCCUGUGUACAGUCCAACGCCGCCUCUGCACGAUACUCACAACGAUUCUGGUUACAGCACUCGCAUGUAUGGCUCCAGCAAGGGUGCGUCGCCUUCGUUAUCAGGUCAGUUGGAAUGCGAUGUGAUCCUGCCACCUUCGACGGGAUCAUUCGCGAGUGGAGAACAACUCGCUGUCUUAUUAGAGCAACCGAGGGGACAUGAUUUAACGGUUUAUGAGCGAAGCGUUGACAACGUCGUAAUCAACAUCGGCACCGCUAGUCUGGUUUAGCCGUGUUCAAUUGGCGUUUCAUAAUACCAACCGAAAAUGACGCAACCUUCUUAAAAUGUAAUUACGUUACAUUGUACAUAAAAUAUACCGGUGGCUCCAGAGAUAUUGAAACAAUGAUUGAAAACUGAAUUAUUAUAAUUUUUCCUCGUGUUUCCCGUUGAUAUCAACGGAAUUCACUUUGAUAUGAACAUCCUGGAAUGUACAUACUGCAAUUAUCUUUACGCAUCGUUGUCUAUAUUAGUUUUAUUGUUAAUAUCAUUAUUAUAAGUGUCAUAUGUCCGUCCAUGUUGCCAUGACCUCAUAUUAUAAUAGAAAUAAACUUUAAAUUAAAAUAACAGUAUUUAUUACUCAUAUACUAUAUAUGUGACUAUAAUAUGUGUUAUGUACAUGUAUAUAUGUGCACAUGUGCUAAGAUAAAAAGACGAAAUUUUGCCUUUUCUCAACCAAGUACAAAAUCAAUAUCUAAAGUUCAGAGAGCAUAGGUCAUACACAAUAGCAUUUGCACAGAUAUAAAUAUAUUAGGCA